CCAUCCGGGGGGAACUCGGUCGUUGUGUCGCUACGCGCGUGGAAGUCCGGAACUCGGGCAUUCUUUCUCGCGGAAAAAAGGUGCGUACGUGCGUGCGUGCGUGCCGAUGAAAUAGAUGAAGAUCGCUCGGAACAUGUGACGGAGCGUGCCGCGUGUGUGCGCGAUCACGAUUUGCCGUAUCGUGCGCGCCGCCGGUAUACGAGAGAAACGAACGAACGUGAGGCCGAAAACGCGACGCUCGGCGGCAAGCAGAAGCGCAGGGACGACGGACGGACAAACGGAGGAACGAACGAAUGAACGAACGUUAGGGCGGGCGGGUGGACAAGAAACGAACGCUUCGCCGGGUGACUGGUCGCUCGAGUGCACAUUUGACUUUGUACUACGAAUACGUGGUUAUUAUGCGCGACGCGACAUACGCGCCAUAUCGCCAUGGACGAGUGACGGCAGUGAGUGCAAUAAGCGAGCGCGUCGCGCGUCUCGCCGUGUGAAUCGUGGUGAUACGCGAGUGCGGUGGACCGCGGUCGAGGUGACGUGUGAAGUGAGGCGCAGAGGGAGAGAAGAAAAAAAAAACGAAACGGUCGUCGUCACCGGCAACGGCGGCGCGUCUUGCAUCUCGCCGUACGCGGUCGGCGCCGCGUACCGUGUUGCGAAGGAGGAGACGUACGCGCGGCGAGGAGGAGAAGAAGGUGGAGGAGAGGAGAAGCAGAAUCGGCUCGUCUCGUCUCGUAUGUCGGUUGAACCGCCACGCGAAUUCGGAUCAGCCCUGAUCGAAAUCAUAGAGUGACCACGGUCGAAAGAAUGGAGGCCAUGGAUGUGGAUGGAGAUGCGGUGGUGGAUCUGAGCAUCAGCAGUGGUAGGCGUAAUUCCCCGUCCCUUUCUGUGAAUUCUGGUGAUAUCCCGUUGGACUUGGUUCACUAUUCCUCCGGUUCCAAUUUGGAGAACAAUAUGCCAGAGGCACGUAAUAUACAGAACGCAGCUCGUGGUAUCUUGGCACCUAAACGAUCACAUGGAGACGAACGUAAGCCACGUCGUAAUCUUAGACCUAGAAUCGAAAGGAGUUACGCCGAGAGUCCUGAUGAGCCUAGGAUGAAUGGAUAUCUAAAUGGAAAUGCUUCAGACAGCGAUGAAGGUGACAUGCCUCCGUUGGUGCCAAUCAAGGAACUGUCAUCCGAUGAGUUGGCUGAACGCGAAAGACUUCUAAGAAAAUAUAGAGAAGAGCUCAAAUCUGAAGAAAUGAAAUUAGUGCUUUUGAAGAAAUUACGUCAGUCUCAGCAACUGAAAGAGAACAUCGCGACAGCACCUAAAGUGCUCAACAAAUUACCACCGCCAGUAACGGCACAGCAGGUGCCUCAUAGAGCUGGGAAAGCACCUCCGCCUUUACUUAAGGGUCAGCCUGCACCGAGCAGAAGUAGUAGUUUACAUGCUCCACCACCUGGCAUGGUACUGCCUCCUAACGCUGGUCGGAAUGCCAUUCCAAGUACAGGCGGAAUGCCUCCUAACAUGGUGAUACCACAACCACCUCAUCCUAGAGGAAGACCACCCAGUGUAGCGGCAGCGAGUGUCUCAAGUUAUCAUGCGCCAACGGACAGAACGGAAAGGUCUACAAAGGAUCCAACACCGGCUCCAGCGCAUCAAGUAAGUAAGCUGCUUGCUGGAUCGCAAGAAAAUAAAACCACCGCAUCCUUAAGCACACCUGUGAAUUCGGAACAGGAGAGAACAUCACGAGACGAAACACCUGCUCAACGUCAAGCAGCUGCCAAAAUGGCUCUAAGGAAGCAGCUCGAAAAAACAUUAUUACAAAUACCACCGCCAAAACCGCCACCACCAGAGAUGCACUUUGUGCCGAAUCCCUCCAAUACGGAAUUUAUAUAUCUGGUUGGUUUGGAACACGUGGUCGAUUUUAUAACGAAAGAACCGGCAAUACCGCCACCUCCUGAACCAUUCGAGUGUUCACAAUGCAAAACAGACUUCACACCCGUAUGGAAAUGGGAAAAACCUAUGCCUGGUGGUAAAAAGGAUAGUCCUAGGGGGCAGCAUGCGACUUUCCAACGUCCAUCAGCGGGUCGCGAUCCUAGAGUCAUAUGUGAGCAUUGUGUGACAACUAAUGUGAAGAAAGCGUUGAAAGCAGAGCACACUAAUCGAUUAAAAACUGCUUUCGUAAAAGCGCUACAACAAGAGCAGGAGAUAGAGCAAAGGCUAGCGCAAGCUGCGUGUCCAAGUCCAGAUCCUCCAGCUCCGAAACCAGUUCCUAAGGCAGCCACUCCUACAAGAAGAGUGGCUACUCCACCUGCACCUCCGCCGCAGGUGCCACCGGCACCUACGUUGACGCCGACGCCUCCCGCGCCGAAACUGCAAGAACAUCCCUUGGUGAAACUGGCCGAGAGCGGGAAGUUCAGUCCACAUCAUGCAGCUGCUGCGGCAGCUUUGCAGCAACAAUUGCUCAGAGAAUUGGCUAAGAAUCCAGUACCGGGUAUACCACCGCAUCAACCUCUUCCUGCUCACGUGAUGCCGCAUUUUACCUCGAUAUUAUAUCCCUACCAAUUAGCAAUGGCUGCCGGUGGCAAAGGCCUCGUAGAGUUACAACGACAAGCGGCGGAUCUUCAACGUCAAUAUCUGCUCGAUAUGAUUCCGUCGCAGACGUCUCAAGCGCAAGGCAAUCAAGCACCACCAAGAGCCCAUCCACAUAAUUGGAAAACGUAACCGGACGCAUUUAAAGGAUGAUGUAGCAGUAAAUGCGAAUAAACAAUGAAAACGUGUAUAACGAAAGAAAUGGAGAAUCUAGUAAAGUGUGCAGUCGUAAUUCUGUACGCCUGAAUUACACUAUGCCAACAUUAGUGUCUCAGUUAAGGUGAAGCUCAACUUGAAGUACAUCGGAAGAAUGACAUUCGUUAGUAUUGUAUAAAGAAUAAUCGUUGUGAAUAUGUCAAUUGACGUGUACGUUUAUGACUUUAUUGUUAUCUAAGGGGUAAAGGUUUUAUUUCCGUCACUGAAAUACACACUCAAUGUACGUAUGAGUUGAGAUACAGAUCGUCGUAAUUAAUUCAUUGUUUAAUGGAGAUCAACUAAACUCUCCCGAA